CCAACUUGCAGGAAGACUCAGAGAACUCACAGAAGAGCACGGGGGAAACGUCUAAGAACUCCCCAAGGGCCUUUUCACCCCUGAUCGUUAAAAUGCCGGAAUCAACAAGAUUAAGUUCUGGAAUGAUCUGGAAACCUUGGAGGACGGUGGUUGAGGUUCCCUACAGCAUUCUGGCAGAUGUGGGUAUGUCUGCUGAAUUGAUGGCCACGACAGUCGCACAUAUCGCCUCCACGGGGUUGUUGGAAGGCGAUGAGGAUUUGGAUGCAAGAGCAUACGCCACCGACUGUGAGAGGUUCUAUAGGAGCGACGAGUCGGACUGCGACUCAGGGGAUGAGGACGAUGAAAAAGACAUGAUGGAGGGGCUCCCGGAACUAGAAAAGGACGACUGGGCAAACGACGACCAGUUUGAAGACCCACCAGGACCGUCUCCAAGUGCGAUUCGCCUUCUCCUGCUCAUAGAAAUUAUGGCUGCUUGUGGCUUUUCACACAGCCAUACAUUGAUAGAGUACUGGAUCCAUUUUGAUACGCGUAUAUGGCAGUGCCGAGGAGAAUUAUCGGCACCUCUGUAUGGCUGCACACAAUUGUCAUCCGUCUAUACACGCUCCGAUGAUGAGCAACGUAGACCAAUUGCCCACUUCAGUCAUCUUAUUGAAUUGCAACUUGAAUCUCAACAAGAUCCUGGAAUUUCAUGGCCGAUUAUGUAUUUGAAAGCUGCAUCUUGUGACAGCUGGCACAUUUAUCGGGUUGAAGGCUAUGGGUACCUCUCUCUUGCUGGUUCUUGUCCAGGAAGCAGAACACACAUUAUUGACACAUGGAAACCAGAAGGAUGUUUAAAAUCCAGGCUCCACUCCAUGUUUGUCGGGGGUAGCGCAGAGUUGAAGGAUAUCACGUUUGUGAGAAUUCCCAGUGAUUUCAAGGUAUAAAAAGGCCAGCCUUACUGAGCAACUCGAUGAUUUUGAGUCAUAAAAGUAAUGUCCUCUAAAAGGCUCUAAGACCAAACU